ACGGUAUAUUUUUAAAACGAGACGGUAUGUUUCGGUAUAAUUCUGACGGUAUAGAUAAGUCCGCGGUGCUUUUUUUUCGGUGAAACAUUGAGUGCAAUAUGAAUUAAAUGGCAGUAUCUACUCAGAACGAGGCAUGUCAGCAGCAGCAGCAGAAGCAGCAGCAGCAGCGGACGCAGCACUAGAGCAAUAAUCCAAGACGGAGAGGAGCAUCCACAGCGUCCAGUUCCAGUCCAAGACCAUCCAUACAGCUGCAUUCCAGCAGGAUCCAGUAGCCAUCCAUUGCACGGUGUCAGCGUAUACCCCCCAGGCAGGCAUGAAUUCAAAUUCCUGCAGCGACAGCAGCAACGAUUCGAUGGCCAAUCCGCUGCAAAUGAACUUUGGACAGCCGCAGAUGCAGUCGCUACAGCAGGAGCGCUACGUGUGGGAAAUGCGAACGCGCAGUCCCAAUGUGACGCCCGCCAGCACAGUACUCAACUCCCCGGACCUGAAUGCCGAGCUGCCGUACGCACCGCUGCAGGGCCAGUCGCCCGGACAGAUGUCUAUGGGCUAUGGGGAAACCGGCGGACAGAUGGCCUCCUCCUACUACUACCAGCGGCCGCAUCUCCAUCAGAUCCGUGUGGGACGUAGUCCGGGCAGUCAGUUCGAUGCCCACGAAUCCCUGCCGCAGGGUCGUGCCAGUCCUGGGUCGCCAACGGACGUGGGAAAGGCCGAUGGCCAGUGCCUGAGGGAUGGGGAGAUAGUCGUCUUUGACGACAUUGACACCAACUGGAUGAACAAGGCCGCCCCGGUGAUGCGCUCAGACAGCCAGGAGGAUAUCCUGAAGGUGACCAAAAUGAUUGGCCAGCUGCCCAUAGCCGAAUACGAGGGAUCGCCGCGUCGAUUUGGCAACCAACCGGCGGCCGGCUCACGCAAGCGUCCCCCGGGUUUUCCACAGCGGGUCUCGCCCACAGCGAGCGGCGUAGGUGGCGGCGGUGGCAGCGGUGGCAGCGGCAGCAGCAACCACAAUGUGGCCGGCAAGGCAUCGUCGGGCAAUCUGAUAGAUCUGAUCGAUCACGAGGAGGACGGCAGGACGGCGGCAGCUAGAGAGAAAACACCAGCAUUCGAUUACUUGUAUGAGUUCUCGGAAACGCGCAAGGUACUGGAGGAGUUCUUCAAGGCCAAUCCCGACGAUGAGAAACGUUUCGCGGACUACACCACAGAGAGCGGCGAUGAUGUGCCCAAUUCGCAGCAGCAGCAGGAACAUCCGGCAACGACACCGAUGGAGCAGGCAUACAUUGGCCAGCGCUUGGCUAGGAUACCCAAAGAGGAGCUGUACAUGGUUCAUCGUUCGCCCAGCAAGAAGCAGCAGCCGCCCAGUGAACACAACAACGUCAGUGUACCGACUGUGUAUCAGGAGCAGCACAACGAUAUCGAGCUGUAUAUCGAUUCGAAUAGCCGCAGCAGCGGCGAUCUGGCGGACACCGAACUGGAGGCGAAUCUGCGCAGACAUUCGCGCAACUUUACCCUCUCGCCGGAGACGACGGACUACGAUUCGAACUGCGGCGAUCUAGAUAGCCUGUCGAAUGACAUCAACUGCCCCACAGACUACGGCAAGCUGUACACGAGCAUGCCCGUGCUGGAGGAUGGCCUCAGCAGUGGCCAUGCCUCCGAUACGGAGAACAAUGUAUCUGUUGUCUGUGACAAGCAGGCACAACAGGCACAGCCACAGCAGCAGCAGCAGCAGCAACCGACCGUCCACGAGCACAAUGGCAACGCAAAUGGCAAUGGCACUGCUGUAAAUGGUGAGCGAUUGGAGAACGAAUACAACAACAGCGCCAGCCUGGCGACUGUCACAACCGAUGCCUCACAGUCGGCGCUGAUAAGUGACUUUGCCUCGCUGCCGAUGCCGAUGCCACCGCCACUGCCACUGCCACUGCCCUGCACACCGCCGCAGAUUGAACUGCCAGACACGGACAGCCUCGAGCACGAGCCCAUGCAAGCCGAACAGGCCACAGCGGCUGCAGCGGAUUGCGGCGAUUGCUGCCCCAUGGAGCAAUCCCACUAUGGAGCAGUCUAUGCAGCAGCGGCAUCCGCAGGAAGUGCCGUCCAGCAGCCGGCCACAGCGGCAGUGGAGAUCCAGGAGGCCAUGAAAGAGAUACGCACGGCCCUGCAGCGGGCCAAGACGCAGCCGGACAAGCUCAAGUUCUGUGACGAAGUCCUGCCAACCGAACCGGAGUCCCCCGUGUGGGUGCCACGCAAAUGCGGUGCGGCGGCCAUAGCAACGCCGGCCACAGCUUUGCCGGAGGAGGAGCCUGAUACCGAUCUGGAAACGGAUCGAUUGUUGGGCCAGCAGCGGCACGAGGAGCAGGACUUUUUCUCCGAUCAGAUCUUUGCGCAGCCUCGGGCCCCCGAUAGCAAUGCCAACGAGGGAACGGAAAUAGCCAGCAGCAAUGGACAUCUCAAUGGCGGUUGCAUUGACAACAACAAUCCCAAGCCGCAGACCUAUUCGACGGCCACAAUUCGGCAGGGUAUCGGCACCUCCCUGACGCCCAAUUCGCCGGACAUUUGCCAGAUUGUGGGCACGGCGGACAUCACGAUCAGCGGGUCCCCGGAGAAACUGCAGUUCACCAAGAGUCCGACGGGAUCCAUCAAGUCGUUAAAGGACUCGGCCAACAGCGACAAGAAAGCCAAGUCGCGGAACAAGGAGGGUCUAUUGGAACCCAAAGUUCUCAUUGAGGGCGUACUCUUCCGCGCCAAGUAUCUGGGAUCGACGCAGCUCGUAUGCGAGGGCCAGCCGACCAAGUCGACGCGAAUGAUGCAGGCCGAAGAGGCUGUGUCCCGGAUCAAGGCUUUGGCACCCGAGGGCGAGAGCCAGCCUAGCACGGAGGUGGAUCUGUUCAUAUCAACCGAGAAGAUAAUGGUGCUAAACACAGACCUCAAGGAGAUCAUGAUGGACCAUGCCCUGCGCACCAUUUCCUACAUAGCCGACAUCGGGGAUCUGGUGGUGCUGAUGGCCCGUCGCCGGUUCGUGCCCAACAGUUUGGGUGAUCCGAAUCCCAGCCCCGGUCCAAAUCCGCUGGGAAGUGAUGCCCCCAAUCCUCCGCUGGCGGCGGCGGCCAUCGAGGCAGCAGACUCCUCGCCACCAAAGGAGCCCGCCCAGGUGCUGCACAAUAAGCACAAUCGGACUCCGAAGAUGAUCUGCCACGUGUUCGAGAGCGAUGAGGCGCAGUUCAUUGCGCAGUCGAUUGGCCAGGCCUUCCAGGUGGCCUACAUGGAGUUCCUCAAGGCCAAUGGCAUCGAGAACGAGAACCUGGCCAAGGAGAUGGACUACCAGGAGGUGCUCAACAGUCAGGAGAUCUUUGGCGACGAGCUGGAGAUAUUCGCCAAGAAGGAGCUCCAGAAGGAGGUUGUCGUCCCCAAGGCCAAGGGCGAAAUCCUUGGUGUUGUCAUCGUCGAAUCCGGCUGGGGCUCGAUGCUGCCGACGGUCGUGAUUGCCAACCUAAUGUCCACCGGGGCUGCCGCCCGUUGCGGCCAGCUGAACAUUGGCGACCAGCUGAUAGCCAUCAAUGGCAUGAGCCUGGUCGGUCUGCCGCUCUCCACCUGCCAGAGCUACAUACGCAAUGCCAAGAAUCAAACUGCCGUCAAGUUCACCGUUGUGCCCUGUCCCCCCGUCGUCGAGGUGAAGAUACUGCGCCCCAAGGCCCUGUUCCAGUUGGGUUUCAGUGUCCAGAAUGGCGUGAUCUGCAGUCUGCUGCGCGGAGGAAUCGCCGAGCGCGGCGGUGUCCGGGUGGGUCAUCGCAUCAUCGAGAUCAACAAUCAGAGUGUGGUGGCCGUACCCCACGAUACCAUUGUCAAGCUCUUGUCAUCCUCUGUAGGCGAGAUCCUGAUGAAGACCAUGCCCACGUCCAUGUUUCGUUUGCUCACUGGCCAGGAGACGCCUAUCUAUAUAUAAAAAAUAUGUAUCUGCUCACACACGACCCCCCGCACUCCGUUGGAAGCACUGUACCACUGUAAAUCGACAGGUCUCUAAAUGCACUCGAUUUCUCUUCAAUUGGAACACCUAUCAAUCAUCAGCUUUAUAUCGAGCCGUCUGUGUGGAAUCGAUGCGGAAUCGAACAGUUGUCACGCGACAAUAACUGCACCUAGAAUCGAUCCGGGUUCUAACUGGAUGAGCCUCAAAAUUGAUCAACUUUAAGUCGAGCAGCUUUAAAACAAAACCAUGCAUUGUUAUCGAUAAACGGUUAAUCGAUUUGUAGCCUGCCAAUCAUCGAAAGCAAUUAAACGCCAAAUCCCGACAAAGUGCAGCUGUUUGUGGAACAAGGCAAAGCAGAAACAGCUUUAAAAUGGUUCGUCUGUGAAACGAAGCGAAUGUAAAUCGAUUAACUUUCGAUGUAAGUCGAUUAACUUUCGAUAUAAAUCGAUAAAAUGAAAUGGAUCGCAUCGCUAUGGAAACAAUUCGCACUUUGACUACAACACUUUAAUCAGUCUCACUCAGUGUUCAAAGCUUUUUGGUUGCUUGGCUUCCCUUCCGUUCGCUUGUCCUUCUUUGGAUAUGAAAAAGACUGAAUUUUGAGAUAGUGUGUGCGUGCGUGGAUGGAUGGGGUGUGUGUGAGUGCGCGUGUGUGUCUGUGUCUGUGUACAGCAAAGUACUCAAAUUGUAAAGUACUCAAACUCAACCUGUCUCCUGUGUCCGACGAAUGUCCCCCCUUGUCCACACCCAACCAAUCACCUCUCCUCAUGUAUAACAAUAGUUUAAGCAUUCGAUUGAAUUUACUUGCAAGCAAUUUAUUUAUUAGCUAUGAUAUGAUUUCCGUGUAAAUUAACCCUAAGCUUACCGUAUUUAAUAUUAUUUUUUAACUACAUUUAUAAUUUCGAUGAAAGGAAACAAAACAAAAAACACUUUAUGCCAAAAAGAGAUACGCUAUAAGAGAUAUGUACGCGAUAAGCUGAGUUUUCGUUGAAUUUUUAUUGUAUAAAGAGAGAGCCGUUAUGGAUUAUUAUUGCAAUACCGAGAUAUCAUAAUUAUAUUUAUAGCAUAGCAUUAGUAACCAAAGCCAUGCCUGCAACAACCACACAAAGCCCGCAAUACCACAACAACAAAAUAAACAAAACAGAAAACAAAAAAAAUGCAUUUAAGAGCGUCAAAGUUAAGCGAAUGUUUAAGAUUCUGUAUCUACUAUCUGAUCUGUAUAUGUACAAGAAAUCUACACACUUCUCGAUCGAAUUAUUGCCAUACACACACAUAUGUUAUGUACACAUACAUACAUAUGUACUGUACGUUCGCUUUGCAUAGGGGUAUCUGUAUCUGUAUUUGAUAUAGAGAUGAAUCGAUAACAAUAAGCAAAACAGCAAAAGUAAUACGAAGAACAAUAAUUUCAGCAUUGUCUAGUUUCUGUUAAGCGAGAGGAUAAAUGUAUAAGAAUGGGAUCCCAGGAUCACGAGAAUAUCGAGUGCGAGUGGCAGCAGCGAGACAAAGUUAGCGAGAGGAGGAGAUCGAGAGAGAGAGAGAGCUUAUUUUUGCAUAUUUAAAACAAUGAAUAUUGAAGAUGAAGACAAAGAUGAACAAAACAAACAGCAAAUCAAACAAAAAAGCUAAUAUUGAAAUCCACAUAUAGACAUAUGUACGUAUGUUAUUAAUCUAAAUGGAAAUGACUAAAGAAUAUUCUAAAUAUUUCAAGUGCAGGUAACAAAAAAAAAAA